AUGAUCGCAGCACCCUGGGACAAGACCUCACCCCGCGAGCAGCUCUUCGUGCUGGUCACCGGCGCAAACAGCGGAGUCGGCCUCGGCAUCUGCGAACGCCUCAUCGACGAGUUCCUUGCCACUCGGCCCCUUACCGCCCACCUGAUCCUCAUCCCGACCACCCGCUCCGUCCGCAAGUCCCGUGAGACCAUCUCCUCCCUCCGCAACCACCUCCAACGCACCGCCACCUCCUCGCCCGCCCUCCGCUCCCGCGCCGGCUCCUCCUACUACGACCCCGCCGACACCCUAGCCCGCGUCCACCUGCUCUCCACCCAGCUCGACCUGUGCGACCUGCCCUCCGUCUACGCCUGCGCCGCGAACCUCGUCUCCGGCACCAUCACCGACCCGACCGACACCAGCGACCCCUCCCCGCAAUACAGGAUCCCGCGCCUCGACUCCGUCAUCUUCAACGCCGGCUUCGGCGGCUGGACCGGCCUUGACUGGACCGGCCUCUUUACCGGCCUCUUCACAAAGGGCCUCGUCUCUAUCGUCACCUGGCCCGCCUUCAAGCUCGCUCGCCCCGGCUCCGUCCUCAACCAGCGCCUUGCCCGCUCCGACCUGGUCCCCACAGAUUCCCCUGACAACCCCCUCUCCCUCGCCUCCGCCCACGACACCAAGCCCUCGUCCCCCGUGCUCGGCGAGGUCUUUUGCGCAAACGUCUUUGGCCAUUACGUCUUCGCCCAUGAGCUCCUCCCGCUGCUGAGCCGGGCCACUUCCGAAGAGACCCCCGGCCGCGUCGUCUGGACGAGCAGCAUCGAGCCCCAGGCUCGCCACCUGCGCCUCGAUGACUUCCAGGGCAUCGAGACCGAGGGGCCCUACGAGUCCUCCAAGCGCAUCACAGACGUGCUCUCCCUGACUUCCCAUCUCCCCGCCACCCAGAGGUUCUCCGAGUCCUACUUCCGGCCCGAAGACCCAGAAGCGGCGAAGGCACUGCCGGUCCGCCCGUCGUUCUAUCUCACCCACCCGGGCGUCGUCGCCUCCAACCUGUUCCCCGUCCCCUUCCCCUUCAUCCUCUUCUGGGCGUACAAGUUCGUCCUCUACAUCGCGCGGUGGCUGGGCUCGCCUUGGCACCCCGUCACGGGCUACAACGGCGCCGCGGCCCCCGUCUGGGUCGCGCUGCAGGACGACGAGACGCUGGCCGAGCUCGACGCGAAGAAGAUCAAGUGGGGCUCCGCCACGUCCUUCUCGGGCCGCCAGGACGUCAAGAAGACCGAGGUCGAAGGGUGGGGGUGGGAGGGCGCCGUCGAGGACCGCGACUCCCUGUCGAGGGACCCGGCGACGGGCGCGCUGAGGAAGAUGGUCGGGCGGAACCCGGACGCCAGGGACCUGAGUAAGGAGCAGCUGGCCGAGUUCGAGGAGCUCGGCACUAAAAUCUGGGCCGAGAUGGAGAGGCUGCGGCGCCAGUGGGAGGACUUUCUCAACAUCCGCGGGCGGGGCGUCAAGGGAUACGAAAACGGCAACGGCAGCAACAGCAAAUCCGGCUGA